UAUUCCAGCACGUCAGCGAACGACAACGAUCCAGAACAGUCGCCCCUGCGAAUUUCCGUGGUACACAUUACUUCACAUAAUGAAGCAGGCAAAGCCAAAGUCCACACUUCAAACAAGGAUCCGGAACUAGUGUACCUUGGUAAUCGAACGUUUGUCAAGCUUGGAUACACGACAUCUAAUUUUCCUGCAGACCUCAACGAUAAUAUUGAUAUCGAGGAACAUGAAAAGCUAGCCUCUUCAGGAGAGCUAGGAAUUGUCAAAGCGAAAGGCACUGCGUGCCGGUGCGUAGACUUCGUGCCUCAUGACAAGAUGAUGAUGCACCGCACACAGAGCCUUGACUAUGGUGUCGUGUUGGAGGGUAAAGUGAUCAUGGUGCUAGACGAUGGGGCGGAGACUCAUGCUGCCUGGCGAUUUGGCGGUCCAGCGCGCUACCAUGCACGCCUGGAAGAAUGCAAGUGAAACCGAAUGGGCCAGAAUGCUUUUUGUGCUGCAAGAUUGUAAGCCUCUUGUUGUUGAAGGAGAAAGGUUCAAGGAGGAUCUCGGCGUGGGCUACGAUGCUUUUCCUAGCAGCGGCAACGACAGG